CUCGAAUCCACCACACCAGCCAUCGGCCAGUGCACAUCACUAUGUUGCUGCAAUGUUUACUUACCUGCUAAUAUGAGUGUGAUUUUAGAAAGGGAUGGGGGGAACUGGUGAAAGGCGCCAAAAGUCUUUGCCGCGGAAAGGGAAAAGGGAAAUACAGACAGACCAAAAGGGAAGCCAAAAGAACCGAAUCGCAGCACGCUCUAUCCAAAUUGAUCAGCAAAAUAAUAACGAAAAUCCACUCUUUGAGUAUUUUACGGGUGAAAGUCUUUAUUGCCAGCUGAUCGCGGAUCGCGGAUCGCAGAUACAGCUGCUGCGCCAUGGCCUGCAAGCGGCUGAUGCUCGACGAUUGCGAACAGGAUGAGAGUUUUGGCUUUGAUCCAGAGAAUCAGGAGAAUGUAGCUCACAAUAAUGUGGCGAAGCGCCACAAGGGGCAGCUGGAGACGCCGCUGCAUCGGAUGCUGAAGCGGCACAUUCCCGGCAAUUCGGCCGGCACCGUACUGUCGCCCAUCACCGAGCUGGCGUACAAUAUGCGCGGCGCGCGGCUAAAUGAGAGCGGUGGGGGUACACCCAAGUCCAGCAAUAGCCUGCGACCCUUCAAUAGCAUCAACAGCAUCGAGUCCAGCUGCGAUUCGGGCAACUCCCUCGACGAUGAGUACCUGCACAUGUUCGAAUUGGACCAGCGGGAUGCUGCUGCUGUGGGCCUGCCUGGCGAUCUCGAGCAGCUGAUCAGCGGCCAACUGAAGACGGAGCACAUCUCGGAGAGCGGCUCGGAGCCAAAGUACCGUUCGGCACGUCGAUGCCUGAGCAUGCUGCCCAGGGAACUGGCGGAGGAGGACUCCAGCGGCAGCAACGUGUCCGUGGCUAGCAGCAAGUCACCCACCGCCAGCGUCACUACCACGCGCAUGCUUCAGCGCAGAUCCAUGUCCAUGAACGAUGCCGACAUCCUCACAGCCCUGGGCGAUGAGCCGGAACUGAUUGGCGAUCUGAGCAAACCGUGUGUCCUGCCCUGCCUGCUCACGGGCACCCGUCAUCGCGACUUGAAGACCAUUUCAUGUGAAACGCUGGCGCGCCUGAUCAAUGGGGAGUUUGGGGAGCAGCUGGGCAACGACUACGGCUACCAGAUCAUCGACUGUCGCUAUCCGUACGAGUACGAGGGUGGUCACAUACGCGGCGCCCACAAUUUAUACACGCGGGCGCUCAUCAAGGAGGCAUUUCCAUCCGCAGCAUUUCAGCAGCACCUGACGGAUCAGCGCCACAUCUACAUCUUCCACUGUGAGUUCUCCUCGGAGCGCGGUCCGAAGCUGUUACGCUUCCUGCGCAGCAUCGAUCGCAACCAGCACACUCACAACUAUCCGGCCCUCGACUAUCCGGAGCUGUACCUCCUGCACAAUGGCUACAAGGAGUUUUACAAUUUAUAUGCCAAUCUCUGCGAGCCACGUGAAUAUGUGCCCAUGCUGGCGCCUGCUCAUAACGAAGAGUUUCGCCACUUUCGUGCCAAGACCAAGUCGUGGCAGUGCGGCGAUGGUGACGGCGCUGACAGUGGCAUUGGCGGUGGCACUAGCACCGGUUCCCGUACCCUGCGCAAAUCCCGCUCCCGCUUGCAUUACUUUGAGUAAAAUGGGUUGGCCCCAUCCCCUUUAGCCCCCAACUGCCAUGACAUAUUAUUUUUUUAAAAACAAAAUUAAUCGCUAAGAUUGAAAGGACGCAAAUUAUUAGUUUCGUUUCGUUUCGUUGAUAUUUGUUCAAAUGUUGAGUUUUUACCCUUUAAUAUUUAACAUUUAAUGUUUAUUCAUAUUUAUAUUUCCAGUUGAGAGUUUUACACACCGAAAACCCAUAUACAAUACGCAGAAAAUAAGCAUAGAGACAACCAAAAAAAACAUAAAAAGUAAGAAAGAAAUGUUCUCUAGUCAGUGAAAGUGAAAAUUUCGAAUUUAUUUUAGUUUAUUUUAUUGUUCGUGUUCGGCAUUUUAAAGUUUAAUUUCGUGUUUAAUUUUAGUGUUAACCAAUUAAAUUUUGUAAA